GUCGCAAAACGCCUGUCGCGAAUCUGCGGUCUGUGCACCAAGCUUUUUGGCUUGCUUGCUUGUUUGUUUUCAUCGUGUGUCUUUACAGGCAUGGCCUCUGCACCAGCACAGCAGCCCAACCUGACUGUAGAGCAGACCAGAGUGGUACUCAGUGAGGUGAUCCAGGCCUUCUCUGUGCCGGAAAACGCAGUGAGGAUGGAGGAGGCGCGGGAGAGCGCGUGCAACGACAUGGGCAAGAUGCUCCAACUUGUGCUCCCUGUGGCCACACUGAUUCAACAGGAAGUCAUCAAAGCGUACGGCUUUAACAAUGAAGGAGAGGGUGUCCUGAAGUUUGCCAGGUUGGUCAAGAUGUACGAAACACAGGACCCCGAAAUAGCCGCCAUGUCAGCCAAACUCAAGUCUCUCCUCCUGCCACCUCUGUCAACACCACCCAUAGGGGGAGCAAUUCCAGCCUCAUGAAAUAGAAUAAACCAAAGGCUAUGUUCAGACUGCAGGCAAAUGUGACCAAAAUCCUUUUUUUUUUUUUUUUUUGGAAAUACGAGGCCCGUAUCAGCAUCUGCCGCCCUACUUCUUUCAGUGCUACGUUGUGAGUGAUGUCUUUGCAGCGCAUGCGGGUCACUUUGGGGAUGCAUUGGGUUCACACACCAGAGACUGAGGUCACAUUUAAUACGCAAUGAUUACACA